UCUUCCUGCAAAGAGAACCCCUUCAACCGGAAGCCGUCGCCUGCCGCCUCUCCCUCUGCAAAGAAACCCCCCAAGGGCUCCAAGCCAGUGCGGCCUCCUGCCCCGGGUCACGGUUUCCCACUGAUCAAACGCAAGGUGCAAACAGAUCAGUACAUCCCUGAGGAAGACAUCUAUGGGGAGAUGGAUGCCAUUGAACAUCAGCUCGACCAGCUGGAGCACCGUGGCGUGGCCUUGGAGGAGAAGCUUCGCAGUGCUGAGAACG